AAUGGCAGCAACAUAAUAAGAAUUACUCUAACAACUCUAUGAUUUAAGAAAUGAAUUCAAUGAGUAAUUAAAAAAGGUUGGAGCAGGUUCUGAGGUAAAUUCAUUAAUUAAUUUCAAGAAUUAAGGAGAAAUAGCUACAUUGUAAGAUCAAAAUAGAAGAUAUGCUUAUAGAAUUGGUCAUUUGACAAAGGCUAUUGAUGAAUUGAUUCAAUCAGAAGUAAUAAUUUACAUAUUAUUCUAGAAUCAAUUACGUACAGAAAAUGCCCAAUUAAAAGCUAGAAUAGCAGAAUUAGAAAAAAAAUGAA